AUGUUCCUUGCAACAGUUAAUCACAUGGUCGACUGUGCAAUUGGAGUGGGAGGUAAACCAGGCAGCAGAACGGAGGGAAGCACUUCAGUGGAAAUGCCUACAACGGAGGACGGUACCGGCAUAUGUGGAAUGGGAUCCGGCGAAAUAAUGCUAAAUAACGGGCCUGAAAUAUUUGUCACCUCAGAAACAUUAGUACAAGGAGAUACAUUUUUUUCUUAUCUCUACAGGAGAAGCUUCUACGAGAUCAAAGAAAGCCGCCGGAGUCACUUUCCCAAAACUUACCAAAUUGGGACUGAUAACAGUUUCUGCAUAAUGUUCUAG